AUGUACGAAGGCGGCCCAAAUCCCACCAGAGUUCAAGUCACUCCGGCCUACAAGCGGGCGAAUCCACCCACUCCAUUGGUCUUGAUACACGAUGGAGGCGGCACGACGUUUGGAUACUUUCUGCUGGGGAGCUUGUAUCGCGAAGUAUGGGCCAUGCACAAUCCUCAUUUCUUCGAUGGAGGCGCCUUUGAGGGCGGCAUGGACGAGAUGGCGCGUUUGUACAUCCAGAACAUGAUAUCCGCGGGCAUCAAAGGCAACAUCUUGCUAGGCGGCUGGUCCCUCGGUGGAUAUCUGUCCCUCGCCGUCGCGAGAUUUCUGGCUGAAGACCCCGAGGCUACUAUCAAAGUUUUGGGUAUUGUCAUGAUGGACACGCCAUAUCACAUCCCUUACAGUCAGGUCGAAGGCCUUACCGACGAUCCCGUCCUCGAAAAGAUUCCAGAGCCCGUCCAAAAGUGCUUCGACCGCUGCGACGAGAUGCUUGACGAGUGGGGAGUGCCCAAGUGGGAUGGACCUGCAUGCAAUGGCAAACCCGUUUUCUUCGGUGUUAGUGGAAGGCGAUACUCCGUGGCCCCUGGCAAAGUGUUGUAUAAACCUUUUCAGGGGACAUGGUCACCAAUCGAAGUGCCAGAGUAUAGCAAGCCAUCCGAGGAAUCGCAGGCUGAGGAGACAUCAAUAAUAGCACCGCCCACAGUCUUGAUACGAGCCACUCAGUUGAUGCCACUCCCAGAAGGCAGAACGGAGCCGUACAUAAUAGACAAGUAUCGUGGCGAUCGUACUCUGGGUUGGGCAGGCAACUCCCCAGACUUCAUAAAGGCGGUACUUGAUGUAAAUUCAAACCACUAUGAGAUGUUUGAUAAGGACAAUGACGCCCAGAUCAAUGACAUGACUAAACAGUUGAAUCUGGCACUAGAGAUUCUAGACAGCAUUGGAAAUACUGUGAACCCGACAUUCGGUGGUAAGCCAAAGCUGGAUUAUUUCUAA